UGGGAAAAACAACCCACACAUCCGGGUAACUUGUCUCUGUCAGACAUCACAGGAAUAUUCAAUCCACAGUUUGGACACGGAAAGUUAAUCACUUUCAAACUUCGUCUAAAUCCAUCGAAUAACUCAUAGGUUGUUGUGCUUUCUAGGUGAUUUGAAGCCUGGACGGGAGAUCUAAUUAGAAUAAUAAUUGUUCUUCUGGUAAGGAAGUUCAUUGACAACAACCAGUGUUUAGCUUGCGUGCUAACUAGCUACAUUAGCUAGUUAACUUGGCUAUAAAUAGUUCUAGCUACAUUGCUCGCAGUCACGUAUGCAGUUACUGUUGCUGUACAUUGUACUGAGUAUGAGGCAGGUGUAAAAUCUUUUUAGUCUUGAAGCUCUGUUGUUGCCCCGCUACCCUUACAGUAACACACUACUGUGUGGUGCCAUUCAUUCCUUUGGCUGUCAACCUACAUGUUCUUACAUGAAGAGAGGGGAGAAACCCGAAGGAUAUCGACAGACGCGACCAAAGACUUUCCCUGCCAGCAAUUACAGUGGCAACAGCCACCAGAUGCUGCAGGAAAUUCGAGAGAGUCUGCGGAACCUUUCACGUCCUUCUGAUGCCCCUAAAGUAGACAUGGGAGGUGCCGGAAAGGUGUUACCUGAUGACCCCAGACAGCAAGGACGCGGUAGCAACCCCAAAAAUCCCUACCACAAAGCCUUGCAGGAGAUUCGCAAGUCUCUGAUGCCUUUUGCCAAUGAGCCAAGCUCUUCUGGAAGGAAUGCAGAGGUAAACAAACAGAUGCUGAUGGAGCUGUGUUCUGCUGGCUUUGAGGAGGAAAUGGUGGUCCGUGCUCUGAAGCAGACCAACAGUCGCAGCUUGGAGGCUGCCAUAGAGUAUAUUAGUAAGAUGAACUACCAGGAUCCUGUGAGGGAGGCAAUGGUGGCCGCCCCUCCCCGCCCCAACAAUGCAGGCAUGAAAGCCCCCGAAAUCGAGACUCAUCAGACCAGGCAACAUUCUUCCAGUCUUCACCUGUCCAAUUUUGUUUCAGGUUCAUCUCACAUCCAGCAGCCGGUGCUGAGAAGGCAGAGCUGGAAGGGUUCCAAGGACUCCCUACUUCAGAGGCAUGUCCCCAUGAUGGUGGAUGGGAUGAUGUACCGUCCAGAUAGCCCUGGACCCCAGGGUGACCUUGCUGGACGAGGCCCUCCCCCGUCCUUCCCACAGGGCCACCCUGGCAACAACCAACGGGCCAACCCUCCCCUACCCCCUCAGGUGCGGAGUGUCACUCCUCCCCCUAACAGAGGCGCCACUCCGCCCCCAUCGUCCUGGGACAGUAACCCUUCCACCAAGCGCUUCUCGGGCAACAUGGAUUACAUGGUGCCCCGCAUCUCCCCUGUUCCCCAGGGGGUCUGGCCCGAUGGAUACUCGGCCCCGGCCGCCCAGAACCAGAGGGGCCUGAGCCCAGUGCCUAUGGGUCGUCAGCCCAUCAUCAUGCAGAGCUCUGGGGGAAACAAGUUCAGUUUCCCUUCAGGCUGGCCUCAGAAUGGCAACUCUCAGUCGGACUACAUGGGAGUCCAGAGCGGCGCGGGCAGACAACCGCCGCCCCCCUACCCGGUGAACCAGAGCAGCAGGCAGAGCCCCACGGCUCAGCAAAUGCAGGCCGGAGGUCCUGCUUCCUCCCCGUCCUACGCCAACGGCGGCAACCUCCCCCAGUCGAUGAUGGCGCCGAACCGGAACAGUCACAAUCUCGACAUGUACGGCGCGCCUCAGCCAAGGUCCCAGGCUCCCACUGGCCCGGGCCAGUCGUCCCCGGGUGGCACCGGCCAGGAUGCGUCGCCUUCGUGGUCGCACGGCGUCCCUGUUAGGUCUAACUCCUUCAACAGUCACCAGAUGGGCAACAGGCAGGGCCACCCAGCCAGCUCCCAGCCCUCUGCCACCACUGUGACGGCCAUCACCCAGGCCCCCAUCCUGCAGCCAGUGAAGAGCAUGCGCGUGCAGAAACCUGAGCUGCACACCGCCGUGGCCCCCACCCACCCGCCCUGGAUGCACCAGUCCCCAGCCCCUCCGCCUGUCACCACCUACCAGGAGCCGCUAACACCACCAGCAGCCAUAGCGCCCGGGCCCCAGGUGCCCAUACAGGCCGGGGCAGAGGUGCCCAGUUAUCAGGGUCCUCCGCCUCCGUACCCCAAACAUCUCCUCCAGCACCCUGCCCCACCUUCCCCAGCCUAUGACCCAGGGCCUAAGCCUGGUUCUGGGAGAGAGGAGGCUGCCGAAGAGGAGGCUGGCGGCAGCUCCGGUGACCGGCCAGAAGGCCCAGACUCCGCGGUUCCGGGGCCGGAGAAGGAGAAUAAACAGAUCACCACGUCUCCGGUGCCCGUGCGCCGGAACAAGAAAGACGAGGAGCGGCGAGGAGAUCCCAGAGUGCCGCUCUACUCUCCGCAGGCCUUCAAGUUCUUCAUGGAGCAACAUGUUGAGAACGUCCUGAAGAACCACCAGAUGAGGAUCCAUAGAAAGAAGCAGCUGGAGAGUGAGAUGCAGAGGGUGGGUUUAUCAGGGGAUGCCCAAGAGCAGAUGCGCAUGAUGCUGUCUCGGAAAGAGUCCAACUACAUUCGACUAAAGCGGGCCAAGAUGGACAAGUCCAUGUUCAAGAGGAUCAAGACGCUGGGCGUUGGAGCGUUUGGGGAGGUGUGCCUAGCCCGGAAAGAGGACACGGGAUCCCUGUACGCCAUGAAGACCCUGCGCAAGAAGGACGUUCUCCUGAGGAACCAGGUGGCCCACGUUAAGGCGGAGAGGGACAUCCUGGCGGAGGCUGACAAUGAGUGGGUGGUGCGUCUCUACUACUCCUUCCAGGACAAGGACAACCUGUACUUUGUAAUGGACUACAUCCCCGGGGGGGACAUGAUGAGCCUGCUGAUCCGGCUUGGUAUCUUCAAAGAGGAGUUGGCUCAGUUCUACAUCGCCGAGCUCACCUGCGCCGUGGAGAGCGUCCACAAGAUGGGCUUCAUCCACCGCGACAUCAAGCCGGACAACAUCCUCAUUGACCGCGAUGGACACAUCAAGCUCACCGACUUUGGCCUGUGCACCGGCUUCCGCUGGACGCACGACUCCAAGUACUACCAGAGCGGAGACCAUGUUCGGCAGGACAGCAUGGACUUCAGUAAGGAAUGGGAGCAGGACCCGGCAAACUGUCGCUGUGCCGACCGGCUCAAGCCCCUGGAGCGGAGGAAGGCGAGGCAACACCAGCGCUGCCUGGCCCACUCCCUGGUAGGGACGCCCAACUACAUCGCUCCCGAGGUGCUGCUAAGGACGGGAUACACCCAGCUGUGUGACUGGUGGAGUGUCGGCGUGAUUCUGUAUGAAAUGGUGGUUGGGCAGCCUCCUUUCCUAGCGACUACACCUCUGGAAACCCAGCUCAAGGUAAUCAACUGGCAGAGCACCCUGCACAUCCCCCCUCAGGCCAAGCUCAGCCCCGAGGCCUCAGACCUCAUCAUCAAACUCUGCCGCGGGCCGGAGGACCGCCUGGGCAAAAACGGUGCCGAUGAGAUCAAGGCGCAGCCCUUCUUUAAGACCGUCGACUUCUCCCACGACCUGCGGCAGAUGCAGCCUGCCCCUUACAUCCCCACCAUUGCGCACUGCACAGACACGUCCAACUUCGACCCGGUGGACCCAGACAAGCUGUGGAGUAGCGACAACAAAGGCGAGGGCAACCACAACGACACACUGAACGGUUGGUUCAGGAACGGGAAGCACCCGGAGCACGCCUUCUACGAGUUCACCUUCCGCCGCUUCUUCGAUGACAACGGCCACCCCUACAGCUGCCCCAAGCCCAUCGGUGUACAGUAUGAGGAGGGCUCUGAUGGGGACGAGGCAGACUCUGAGGCCCAGGAACAGGGGGAACGAGAGGAGAUUCACAGAGGGGCACAGGGUCGAGAUUUGGUCUAUGUGUAGGAUCUUUGAGGACACAUUGGUUCUGCCAGACUGUUGGCUCAUAAUAGGUGUGUGUUAAUGGUUUGUCAGAGAGUGGGUGAAGAGGUUGGGUGUGUGUGUGCGCGUGUGUCUGAGCUUGUGUGUGUGUGUCUGUGUGUGCGAUGUGCACAGUGUGUGUAACUACGAUAUACUAUGUCGACACUACAGUCUGGAGGAGGAAGGUUUUUCCCCACACUACAGGUGCAUUCAUGGUUUGUACAGGGUACAAUGUUGUUGACUGUAAACAGUCAAACAAAUGAAUUGAAAGAACAAAUAUCAGGGUGCUCUUUGAAGACAUACCCCUUUCUAAACCUUUAUUUAUUUAAGAAAUUAUAAACUGGUGAUGCUAGUUGAUAUUCAAGUAUGGGAUAACAGUUUUUUUGCUGGAACAUGUUUUUAUUGGUUAUUGUCUUAAUUUAUAUUUAAUAGGUCCAUUGCAAUGGGGAUAUAUUAGUGAUAUCACUCUGGUAGAAUUUGCAGGGCUAAGUAACUCUUGAAUUAUUGAUUGCUGUGCCUUUUGAUCUUCUACUCUUUCACCAAAUACUGAAUAUGGGGAAAUAAUCUGACUGGCAUUUUUAACUAGACUACACUUAGUUGAUUGAACUAGGAUUUUAUGUUUUUCUAAUUUAUACAUAAAAUUUAUUUAUAAAUUGUUGUACGCAUUUGAUGUAAAUAUUUUUUCAUCCUGUUGGUUAGUUGAUACUCAUUAGGGCAGGCCCUCUUCAUUAUUCCCCGCUAAAAUCUUUAUCCUCUGUAAUCAUUGGUAACGAUCGUUCCAAGUUCCUUUUUUGUCCUGUUUUCAUUUUGCCGGAAGAGGCCAAUCGGAACCUACUUAUUGUAAUGACUCGUACACAAAACAACUGAUGAUGACUGAGGCACGCACUCUCCAUUAUGCUAUGUACAAUACUUUUUCUAAUUUCCAUAGCCUUAAAGUAGCAUCUGCUUUCAUCACUUUCAUUCAGUCUCUUAACCAAAGCACUUGAAUAUGCUGUGUAUGGGCUUACUUUUUCGUAAAGGACUAAGGUGGAUAAAAGCAUGACAUUAUUUAAUAGCUCACAGCUUUGUGUGGAUGGAUAGGACUCCGGCCUUAAUUCCAUAUUUUCCGCAUUAAUGAGUGUUUUGGAAAGAUCUGAAUGUAGUAAUGGAAUCUGAAUACUGCUCUGGUUUCUUGAAAUGUUGUAAAGAUGUCAUAACCUGAUAAUAGUGUAAAUAUAUUUUGUGGGGUUGGGUGCAGGGAGAGGGGUGAUGAAUAAAGAAUGUUAAACACGGAGCAAUCUCA